UCAUUUCAUUAUUCUCCGUUUCGCCCAGAGGAGCGUGCAGAGCAAUAUCGUUGCCGUAGUAGCUUUCGUCGACGUCGGCACAAUUUUUCAAUAUUUUCGUCGCAAGUAUUUUUAGAUUUAAUUUUUGUGAAAAAGCAAAAAUUCUUUUCAACUUUUUGUCGGUCAGGAGAAUGGUCUAUGGGCUUACUCAAAAUUCAUCCGCUUCAAUACGGUUCACCUGAGGAUUAGUUCGAGAUUCGCAAGUGCUCUUCAUUUUGCCAUUCGAAAUGUGUUCCACGACAGUGCUGUGUCCAUUGUGUGCGGUUCCCAGUUUCAAUAGCAUCGAUGCCCUCCAGCAGAGAUUGAUCAAGGCAGCCAAUGGGCCAUUGGCUUGUCCAUUUCCAAACUGCAAAGAGCUGUUCCUAGGCCUCGAUAAGCUGACUAUUCAUCUGUUCAGUCAUACCAGCCUGAUGACGACAUCCACAUCCGAAACAGUCGCCAAAACAGAACCUCAACCACCAACUGCAGCUGUUCGAGAUGCUGCUUCUUUCGCAGCAAGUGUCGCAACCAGUUCGCCGUCGACUGCCACCGCUGGCUCGAAGAGGCGUGGUAAAAAGUCACGUGCCAAGGCUGUGGAACAGGCGAUUGUUGUUGUGCCCCCGCCAAUUACGCCUCCGGCCAGAUGCGAGAUCUGUGAGUUUAACUUUCGCAACGAUGAGUUGCGCGACAUUCAUUUUCGGCUAGUGCAUGAGAAUGGCGAUGGCGCGGAUCAGGGGGCAGGAGCAGCAGGGCAACAACAAGAGCCGUAUAAGUGUCAUCUCUGUUCCAAGACGUUUCGCAUGAAGGGUUCGCUGCGUGUGCACCUCAAGGUGCUGCACACAAUUGGCUGCAGCAGCAACAGCCACAACAUGGGUUGUGCCAAUGGUGGUCAAGCCAUCAAUCCUACGCCCAAAAUCAGCAUUUGCGAUCGGAUACGGCACAAGGAGGCAACCGCAGGCAAUGGUAAUGCAUCGACUAUACCUAGCAGCAGUAACAACAUCAACAACAAUAGCAAUAACACCAGCACAAGCACUCAGCCCUACGCCUUGAGUGGAGCCAUUUGCAUGCUAAAACAGGAGGUCACGACUCCGGCAGAUGCUGCACCGACAGCGGAAUAUGGCAGCACACCUAAGAAUUGGGAGUGCGAUGUGUGCGCCAAACUUUUCACCACCAAAUACUUCUUAAAGAAGCACAAGCGACUGCACACGGGAGAGAUGCCGUACACAUGUCAAUUCUGUGCUCGCACCUUUACCUUCCAGCAGUCCUACCAUAAGCAUUUACUCUACCACAGUGAGGUGAAGCCACACGCUUGCGGCAUCUGUGGCCGCGCCUUCAAGGAACUGUCUACCUUGCACAAUCAUCAGCGUAUCCACAGUGGCGAGAAACCCUUCAGGUGUGAAGUCUGCGGUAAAUGUUUCCGGCAACGCGUUUCCUUUCUGGUGCACACGCGAAUUCACACUGGGGUGAUGCCGUACAAGUGUGAGCAGUGUCAGAAAACCUUUCGCUAUAAGGUAUCGCUACGCACGCACAAAUGCACUGUUGGUCAAGCAGACGACUCGCAGCAAACCCCUGAACAACUGAUAAAAGCACUUUUGGACUCCAAUGGGGUAGUUGACACUGCUCCUGCAACUCAACUCAACUCAUCAGCCAGUCCAGCGUUGAUUGGCAUUCCCAUGAAUGGCGGCGACCAUGAGGCACUGCUAUCGCAAACAAUUGAUGAUAUUGUCGUUGAAAGCUGUCAGAAACUUGGCAUUUGUGGCGUGGAGCCCCAUCGCCAGCCCCAACCGCUACAGCAACCUGUAAUUAUGGACAGCAAUGUGCAGCAUUACGAUGGCAGCAACUCGCCCUUGCAGCAAAUGCAGAAUCUGCGACUUUACUCGCCGCAACAACAAACAGAUCAGCCUAGCUCCGAUGGGGAGCUUUUUCGCCGCUUUUUUGAUGGAUGCCACGUAGAAAGCACUACUCAAAAAAAAAAGAUAUCCUUUUUUUACUAG